ACGAUAUCACAAUAAAAGAAAUUGGAAAUCCAUGUCAAUAUAAGAGUGUUCAAUGUAGAAUAUCAAGUCCAUUGAACGUCUUGACAAUGCUGCAUGAUAGUCUAUCACGUGACUAAAGAAACGCGUCUUAAAAUGCGCAGACCCGAAAAAAAAUUCUCGCGUUUUGUUCCUGCAUUCAAACACCUUAUGUCGAAUCUCGAAAACAAAAGCAAUGUGAACCUAAUCGAGCAUUCAGAAAGCAACAAAACUCUUAUUGAUACAGACACAUACCUAAACGACCUGGACGAAGAAACAUUAGCCUUAUUGACAAGCGACUCACUUUGGCCAGAAGCAAUUGAAGAAAUCAAUUCAAAUAAUGCUGAAAACAAUACAAGCGAGUCAAUUGAUGUUAAUUUGCCUGAUGAUAUACCAGCACAAUCUGAUGCUCGCCCUUUAGCAACCAAUGCGAAUGUCGAGACAACAUCAAAUGAACCUAAAUCAAAUGAACUCGAAUUGAACGAAAUUGAAUCAAAUGAACUCGAUGCAAAUAAGCCUAAAUCGAAUGCUUUAGUAGUAAAGAUAUCGAAAAAGAAACCUGUUCCACCAUCUCGUAUUUCUCUAAGACAAAGAAAUGCCAUUCAACUUCAUCCAUUUACUCUAGAAUACGAGCAGUACCGAGAACUAAUCAGCAAAACUGUUAAAAAAUACAAAAGAGCCUUUACAGCAAAAAAUUUAAGUGAAGUUGAUACCGAACUGCAUGAUCUCUUAACUGCUGGGCAAGAACAGCAACAAGAAACGUUUGAAUCUCAAUAUAUCCCAAUAACUCAGCAGAGCGAAAGUUCAGUCGGACUACUAGAUCAAAACUAUGCCCUAACUCAAGACGAGACUAUGUUAGAUUCAGAACAUUUUGAAAAAUAUCACUUGGACAAACUGAUCUUGCCAUCAUUAAACACACAAGAGAAAAGGAAGCCAAUUACAUUUACUAAAAAGAAGAAGUAUUCAGCAAGGACACCAUCUCGAUUUUCUCAACCGUUAAACAAAGAUAUUUUUGCAUUUGAUUAUCAACCUAAAGCUAUUUUUAAUAUUAGUUCAUCUGAUAAGGAUAUGGAUGAUCGCCAUGACAACGCAAAUGGUGACUAUGAUAAAAUAGAUGACGAUGACGACGAAGAAGAACAUAUUCACUUUGCUCAUCGACCUAAAAGAAGACGUAUUAUUUUGGACAGUGAAGAAGAAGACGACAACGACGAAGGCAAUGAAGAUAAUGAAGACGAAGGAGAGAACGAAGAAGAAGAGGAGGAGGAGGAAGAAGAAGAAGAAAAAGAUAUAUUCGCUAUGCCCAAGAGACUAAAACCACAUCCGAGACAGCUAGAAAGGAAGGUUACAAAUGACAAUGAGGCUAUCCCUGUUGUUCAAGAUGAAUAUGAAUUUAGACAGCCCAAGAGAAAACGCUUUGCCAUUCGAGAUGUACUCAAAAAAAAACAUGCAUUAAAUGGACUAUUGCCUGCAUCAUUUCUCAAGACAUUUGAAAAGGAUAUUCAAGAAGAAGAUAGACUACGAGCAGGAGCAAAACAUCGCUCAAAACCCACCAAUUCUGCUAAACCCAAGCCUGUUGAAUCAAAAUCUAAAAGCACACAAGACAUUUUUGCGGCAUUUCUUGAGUCAGAAAGUGAAGGUCAUGAUUCAGAAGAUGAUACCCCAACUGAGUAUUCUAUACCAAAUGUAUUUUCUGAUAACGAAGAAUUUGAUGACUCUAGUGAUGACAACGUAUCAACAAAGCUACCAAAAGCUUCUCGCUCACCUUCCUUUCAAUCAAAACCCCGUUUUCAAACUUAUCUUGAAGAUCACUAUACUAUAUCAGAAAACAAAAUGCCUAUCUUACUCAGUAAGAAGCCAAUAGAAGAGUCUGUUGAAGACAAUCGGGUUCAUUCAGGCAGUAGACGCACUACAUCCAAGAAACCCAAACGAAAAGUACCCAAGUCAUCUCUUGCUAUCAAGAAGCCAUUAAAUGAAGAAGUCGAUACCACUCAUUUGAUUCGCCUUCAAGUCAAUCCCGCUCCACAUCGUCGUAGAAAGCGUCCCAAGCGAACCAAAGAUGAUAUUUAUGUUCACGCUCCUCUUUUCUCUCGUUUAUGGUUUGAUAGAUCAGGCCAAGCCCCUGAUAACAAUGGAAGUGUUUUCCUCAAGUCAGACAAGCCUAAAAGAAGAGCAUUUGAUGAUAUUUAUGUUGGCACAAAACAAUCAUCUCUUUAUGCUUGUGAACCUUUGGAUUCAAGUAUACCUUUGAAAGAACCUGUAGACGAAAAAAGCAAUUUAUUUGAUAUGCAGUUCAAUUUGCAUGUCAUUCAUUCGUUAGAGAGUGUUACCAAGCGUACAAGACAUCUAUUCGACCAUGAUCUAAGACGUAUAAAGGGCUUAACGAACACUGUCUAUUUACACCAUCAACUCUUGACUCCAUUGUUGUCUGCUACACCUGAUUUAGCAUCAGCUUAUGAACACUUGAAGGAAUCCUUUUCUAAUCCAAUUCUAUUUGAUGUGAAUGUUCUUUGGCAAGACAUUGACUCUGAUGUGAUAGAUUUCUUGUUUUUCAAGGCUUCUCGCGAUAUCACUACUGGUUGCAUUCAAGAUGAUAAGCAUGAUACUUUUUAUGUGUUUGUAUCUAUCUGCUUGACACAAUGGGUACCUCAACAAGAUUAUACAGAAAGAUUGAAAUCAACCGAGAUAUUUAUGACACAAACACGUAGCUUAAUGUGGACCCUAUCCAGCUUGAUUCAUGGACAGCCCAAAUCUACUAUACCUUGGCAAACCAUCAUUAAGGCAGGAUUGUUCUGUCUAGACUGGACAUGUAGACUUCAUCACUUGGGCGUACAGCAGCAAGAGUGGUCUGUCGUUCAUUGCACUCAAUUGUUGAUAGAUGCGCUUGUUUAUGCUGGACAUGAUAACCAGUAUGCAAUCGAAGCCUGGGUCUGUCUGAUUCAAAUCAUGUCUGUUUCUUCUCGAGGUGUUGGCUAUUGCUUUUAUGAAAAGAUCUUCCUUGAUCAGUUAAGAUCAAGUAUUAAGCGCCUUGAAAAUGCUCCUGGUGAAUACGAGCAUAGAAAGACGAGUCGUAAAUGGGCAGAAACCCUCAAUUAUAUACUUGACAAGUACAUGAUGAUGUAAAAUAAAGCUGUGACACGAAGCGGAGAUCAACCUUCAUAUACUGUUUGAGACUGUAUC